AUUAAGACAAGGAACACACUGUUGUUAUUGUCAACUCUCUCUCACACUUUGUGCAAACUAACUCAUUCAUUCCACCAUGAAAGAAUGGAAAGGCAGGAACUACGACUUCGACUUCACUGAUCCAAGUAAACCAGUUCGAACAUUCAGAUCACGAAGGCCUUGCCACUUCAUCUUCGAAAUUGAAUCGUAUGAUGAGCUUGUGGCAUCACUUAAAAAAGCCAACAAGUUUUCAUUUGAGACACCAGAAUUUUCUACUGGAAAUGAAAAAUGGACUAUGUGCUUCUAUCCUGAAGGGAAUGUGGCAAAAGGUGGCAAAGGAUACAUUUCCAUGUACGUAAAGAGGCAAAAAAAUAGUGCGGGUCGAAACAAAGAAAUUAAUGUCGCCAUCAAAUUUUUCAUAUUAGAUCAAACUAGUGGUGAAUAUCUAGUCAUUGAAGAUUUGGGAGAAAAGCAUUUUGAUGUUCGCGGUAAAGAAUGGGGAAUUGCACAAGCUCUUGAGUUCAAACAUUUUAAGAAUCCAGACAAUGGAUUUUAUGUUGACAACAGUUGCACCAUUGGGGCUGAGAUUUCUAUUACCAGCACUGAACCUCACUACUCAAAGAUGUCUCAUGUCACCACCAUUUCAAGAAGUACAUUUAAUAUUAUCAAACUAGGACCUUUCGAUAACAACACUCCUGAACCAGUGGAUUCUAAUAUCACAUUUGUUACUAGCUUCGACGGUGAACCUUACACUUGGAAACUACAAUUAUAUCGUGAAGGAUAUGGAUCUGGAAAUGGCACUCAUUUUUCCCUAUAUUUGGUACUUGUGGACAAUGACAAGCUCUCAAAUGGAAACACCAUGCUUGUUAAUUUUGAGCUCAGUCUUUUAAACAAAUAUACCGGAGCAUACGCUAAUGAAAAAACUUUAAUUGACUGGUUCACUCAUUCUAAGGUUUCAUCUGGUUUUCCUGAAUUCAUUAAAGGAAAUGAGGUCUUUAGUUCGACGAACAGGUUUUUUGAAGGAGGAAGUUUGGAUGUGAAAGUUCAUUUUAAUUCCAUCUUCAUAAUCGAUGAUGCUGAAGGUUAAGAUGGUCACAAUCUACCAUCUAUGAAGCAUUAUACAUUGCUUGCUCACCAUUUAUUGGUUUUCUCUAAUUUCAAGUUUAUAAUAACAUAGGCAAAUAUAUGUUUGAGAUAUUGUUUUUGUUUAUCACUGAAUUAUAUGAAAGUUGGGUCCAAUCUCAAGACAAUGUUUUUCUUAUCAUAAUAUUUGAAGUUGUUAUUCUACUAAAUGAGAUUGGAUCACUUUCAUAUAUACUCAAGAUACACUGAUGAUUUCAUAUCAUAAUAUUUGCCUUAUCGUUUGUAUUUCAUUUGGAAGUGUGUUUCAAUUUCUUCUUGGCUUGUAUUUCUAAUUGAAUUUUAAUGUAAUGUUUGUUAAUCAUGAUCUUA